AUGAAGUUCUCCUUGGUGGCACUGGCAACCCUCGCCGGGGUUGCUGUUGCCGAUUUGGAUCCCAUCGUUAUCAAGGGUUCUAAGUUCUUUUAUUCCAGCAAUGACACUCAGUUCUUCAUGCGUGGAAUUGCCUAUCAACAGGAAAGCACAAGUAGCAGUGGCUACGCUGACCCUCUAGCCGAUCCCGUCGCUUGUGCGCGUGAUAUUCCCAUCAUGGCAGAGCUGCGCACCAACGUUAUCCGUACCUACGCCAUCAACGCCUCUGCGGAUCACUCCGAGUGCAUGAAGCUCUUGUCGGACGCUGGCAUUUACGUUAUCUCCGAUCUAUCCGAGCCCAACCUAUCGAUCGAUCGAGCCAAUCCUUCAUGGGAAACCGACCUCUUUGCCCGAUACACCAGCGUCAUCGAUGAACUGUCCCAGUACACCAACACUAUUGGAUUCUUCGCUGGAAAUGAGGUUUCCAACACCGUCGAUACCUCUGCUGCCAGCGCUUUCGUCAAGGCCGCUGUUCGUGACACCAAGAAGUACAUCAAGAACAAGGGCUACCGCCCUAUGGGUGUUGGAUAUGCUACCGCCGAUGUCUCCACCAUCCGCGCAAACAUGGCCGACUACUUCGACUGCGGAGAGUCUGAGGAUAUUAUUGACUUCUGGGGAUACAACAUCUACUCGUGGUGCGGUAACUCGACCUACAAAGAAUCCAAGUAUCAGGAUCGCACCGAAGAGUUUGCCAACUACGCCGUUCCUGUCUUCUUUGCUGAGUACGGUUGCAACGAGGUCCACCCCCGCCUGUUCACCGAGGUAAAUGCCUUGUAUGGCGAUACUAUGGCUGAGGUCUGGUCCGGCGGUAUUGUGUACAUGUACUUCCAGGAGGCCAACAACUACGGUCUGGUUUCCGCCGUUGAUAGCACCAGUGUUAGCACCAUGUCCGACUUCAAGUACUAUUCCAGCCAGAUCGCCAAGGUCAACCCCACUGGUGUCAAGAAGGCUUCUUACACCCCCACCAACACCGCCCUGCGCAGCUGUCCUACUGUCGGAUCCAAGUGGUCUGCCGAAGCCUCUCCUCUUCCUCCUGUCGCCGAUAACACCCUGUGCGAUUGCAUGUACGGUGCCUCCGCCUGCGUUGUCACCGAGUCCCUCGACUCGAAGAGAUACGAAAAGCUGUUCAGCACUGUCUGUGGCUAUACCGACUGCAGCGGACUCACCGCCAAUGCCACCACCGGUGAAUACGGUGCCUACAGCAUGUGCUCAACUAAGCAGCAGCUCGCCUUUGCUCUGAACAAGUACUACGUUGAGCAGAACAAAGCGGCCGAUGCUUGCGACUUCGCCGGAGCUGCCACCGUCAAGUCCGUUGUCAAGGCCACUGGAACUUGCGCUCAGCAGAUGAAGGAGGCUGGAACUGCCGGAGUCGGGACUGUGAGCACCGAGGGCACUGACAUCGGUGGCUCUAGCUCGAACUCUGGUUCUAGCUCUGGCUCUAGCUCUGGCUCUGGCGCCAGCUCCUCUUCCUCGGCCUCAGCAACUACCUCUAGCAGCGGCGCUAUCAGCAUGCACUCCAGCUCAGUCUUCGGCUCUUUCGAGAUCGUUGCUUACAUUGCCACCGCGCUCCUGGCGGGUGUCGGAAUGAUCGCUUUGUAA